CCAACCAGUAUCGACGUCGGCUCUGGAGGGGUCACUGCCGAAUCCAAGUCCAGAACACGUGUAACGCAGUACAGAGAUGCGGGCCACGUACAAAGUAAUUUCCUUCGUUUACAGAGGAGGUUGGUUCUGCAAGAAAGCAUUUCUCCAAAAUCCCAUGUUUUGAUUUCCCACACCGUCGAUCCCUGCAGAAAGCUAUUCUCCAAAAUCCCGUGUUUUUAUUUCUCAAUCUCUAGAGAGCAAACAAAGAAGAAGCAUGACAGGCCACGGUGAAAAAUCUCGACCGUUCAAGAAACACAAAUCAUCUACAAACAAGGACACCCACAGAAAUCCCCCCACCGAUUACCCUGAAGACUUCGACGAAGACAACCCCCAUGGUGAUUACGACAAUGAUGGCUCAGAAUCCAAGAAGCACGAUUUCACGAAAUUGGAGCUGAAGCCCGACCAUGCCAACCGUCCGUUGUGGGCCUGUGGCGAUGGUCGGAUCUUCCUCGAGACGUUCUCAGCCCUCUACAAGCAGGCUUAUGACUUCCUUAUUGCGAUCGCGGAGCCUGUCUGCCGCCCUGAAUCCAUGCACGAGUACAACCUCACCCCACAUUCCCUCUACGCGGCUGUCUCUGUUGGGCUUGAGACUGAGACCAUCAUCACAGUCUUGAACAAGUUGUCGAAGACGAAGCUUCCGAAGGAAAUGAUUGAUUUCAUAUAUGCAUCAACGUCGAAUUAUGGGAAGGUCAAGCUUGUGCUGAAGAAGAAUCGGUACUUUGUGGAGUCCCAGUUUCCUGAGGUACUUAAGAAGUUGCUCAGGGAUGAUGUCAUAUCUCGUGCGAGGAUUUUCUCUCAUGAGGGAAGUGAUUCAUUCACCAUUAGCAAAACAUUGGGCGAAGUAGAAGGUGGUCAUGAGGACUUGCUCAAUAGAGUUGAUGUGGCAGCUGUAGCCGAAGAAAAGGAAACACAUUCCUUUGAAAUUGACCCUGCUCAGGUCGAAAAUGUGAAGCAACGAUGCUUGCCAAAUGCUCUAAAUUAUCCCAUGCUGGAGGAAUAUGACUUCAGAAAUGAUACGGUGAAUCCUGACUUGAACAUGGAAUUAAAGCCACAAGCACAACCACGACCAUACCAGGAAAAGAGUCUAAGCAAGAUGUUUGGAAAUGGUAGAGCAAGAUCUGGCAUCAUUGUACUCCCUUGCGGUGCAGGCAAGUCAUUAGUUGGUGUCUCUGCAGCCUGUCGAAUACGAAAGAGCUGCCUUUGCUUAGCAACAAAUGCUGUUUCUGUGGAUCAAUGGGCUUUUCAGUUCAAGCUAUGGUCAACUAUACGUGAUGACCAGAUUUGUCGUUUUACGUCUGAUAGCAAGGAAAGAUUCCGUGGUAAUGCUGGUGUGGUUGUGACCACUUAUAACAUGGUUGCUUUUGGUGGUAAAAGAUCUGAAGAGUCUGAGAAAAUCAUUGAAGAAAUAAGAAAUAGAGAAUGGGGAUUGCUUCUCAUGGAUGAGGUGCAUGUGGUUCCUGCGCACAUGUUUAGGAAGGUCAUUAGUAUUACCAAAUCUCACUGCAAACUUGGGCUCACUGCAACUCUUGUGAGAGAGGAUGAGCGCAUCACGGAUUUGAACUUCCUCAUUGGUCCCAAAUUGUAUGAAGCUAAUUGGUUGGACUUGGUGAAAGGAGGAUUCAUCGCGAAUGUCCAGUGCGCAGAAGUAUGGUGUCCAAUGACAAAGGAAUUCUUUGCUGAAUACUUGAAAAAAGAAAAUUCUAAGAAGAAGCAGGCCUUAUAUGUGAUGAACCCAACUAAAUUCAGAGCUUGUGAGUUUCUGAUCCGGUUUCAUGAACAACAGCGUGGAGAUAAGAUAAUUGUGUUUGCUGAUAAUCUUUUUGCACUUACCGAGUAUGCAAUGAAACUCCGGAAACCAAUGAUUUAUGGUGCAACCAGCCACAAUGAGAGAACAAGAAUACUCUAUGCAUUCAAGCACAGUCCAGAUGUCAACACGAUUUUCCUUUCCAAGGUGGGAGAUAACUCAAUAGAUAUUCCUGAAGCUAAUGUGAUAAUCCAGAUCUCAUCUCAUGCUGGUUCAAGGCGUCAGGAAGCCCAACGACUGGGCCGAAUUUUGAGGGCGAAGGGUCGACUUCAAGAUAGGAUGACAGGAGGCAAGGAAGAGUACAAUGCUUUCUUCUAUUCCCUGGUUUCCACAGAUACACAGGAGAUGUAUUACUCUACUAAAAGGCAGCAAUUUUUGAUCGACCAGGGUUAUAGCUUUAAGAUCAUUACAAGCUUGCCUCCACCUGAUUCAGGAGCUGAGCUGAGUUAUCACCGCCUAGAUGAGCAAAUUGGACUACUCGCUAAGGUCCUGAAUGCUGGUGAUGAUCAAGUCGGUUUGGAGCAGUUGGAUGAAGAUGCAGAUGACAUUGCUCUCCAGAAAGCCCGUCGCUCAGUGGGAUCAAUGAGCGCCAUGUCUGGAGCAAGCGGGAUGGUUUACAUGGAAUACAGCACCGGAAAGAACAAGUAUCCUGGGCAGGGCCAGAUCAAAAGUAAGCCUAAGGAUCCUGCUAAGCGGCACCUCCUGUUUAAAAGACGCUUUGGUUAAGCUUCUUCUGCAAACUGCAUGGUACAUAAUGCCGUGAUGCGUUCCUUUGGUGCGUUCCUCGUGAAAUUUUACAGCAAGCCAGUGUUAUAUAAAUUUUUGUGGAAUUACUUGGAUGAGUUUAAAACAUACAUCAUCAUGAUUCCCAUUCCUCCAGUUCUUUCUACCAUGGGAGUUGUUGAAUUGGGCGGGGAUAUAAUUGUUACAGAUGCAAGAGGUGAAGGGUUGUAUGGAGGUUUUGAACUGAAAUUGAGUUUGGUUCUCACAGUAUGUAUGGAGGUUUUUAACUCUCCAAUUGUGCACCUCUGAUAUUUAAUGUUUUGGAAAUAUAAAUAUAUCAAAGUAAUAUCAAA